UCCCCAGCGAGCUGUCAAAAUUGUAUACAUAACCUAAUCUAUGAAGGUGCUUGCAUUGCUAAGUUGUUUAAAAUAUUAACUGCGAUGUUGUCGGGCCCAGCAAGGUUCGUCCUGUCGCGAUCCGCAGCAUGCGCCGGCCGCAACAUAUCAGUUUGUCCUGUUCAGUUUCUACCUAGAGGCUCCCGAAAACCCAUCAACGAAGCGAAUCAGCCGAAAAGUGAAUUAGAAACAAUUGCUCAAAUCGAAUCAGAUCUCUUCGAUGCUUCCUCACAUAAAUCGGUUGUCACCAGCUCACCAGACCUGACACCGCGAAAAAUGAACGAAUAUUGGCGCGUGGAAGUUAAUCCAUUCACGAAGAGCAAACGGAAGGAUGAAAAGGCAAAGCAGUCAUGCGUUCCGUCCGUUAUGAAAGUGGACCCAGAUUUGGGUUUAAGCUACCAGAAAUUGAGUUUAAAUGACCCCGUACUAAGCAAGUUAAUGCUCACAGCCAAGUCAAGGAAGGCCCGAGAUAAAAAGGGUCAGAUUGUUGUUGAGGGUCGCCGCUUGAUUUUGGAAGCUAUUUCAGCAGGUGCGGUCCUGGAGACAGUCCUGUUCGCAAACAAGGCUUGUUUGCUGGAGAUCAAGGAGCAACUGAGAUGCUAUGAGGGUGUGAAAGUGUUCCGGGUACCACAACAAGAUCUAAGAUCUUGGUCCACUCUAGUAACGUGUCCUGGGGUCAUCGCUAUAUUCCGGAAACCCUCGCAAAAAGACAUCGAAAAAGCAGCAGCUGCUCGCGAAACGUUUCCCAUUACAGUGAUUUGCGACAAUAUUCGCGAACCUAACAACUUAGGCAGCAUAAUUAGGUCUUGCGCCGCGCUUCCGGUCCGGGAGAUGCUUAUAACAAAGGGUUCCUGUGACCCGUGGGACACCAAAGCCUUAAGAGGUGGAUGCGGAGCUCAGUUUCACGUGGCUUUAUAUGAUGAUUUGACAUGGGAACAGAUUGACACACGCCUCCUUGGCCCUCAAGGGAAUUCAACGGAGUAUGUCCCACCGCUAGUCUAUUUGGCAGAAAGUAAUACUGCGAAUUGUGAAAAGUUCGAUGUUGAAGUCGUGUCAUACGACGAAAUGCAUAUUGAUGAAAAAAUCAGAAAAUGUGUCCUAGUUAUCGGAGGAGAGACGCAUGGUAUAAGCGAGGAUGCCUACAGAUUGCUGAAAACGUGCAACAAAAGCACCUCCGGUGGUUGCGUCCACAUUCCGAUGGCAAAAAACGUGGAAAGUCUGAACACAGCGUCAGCGGUAACAUUGCUUUUGUACGAAAUGCGUCGGAACUGGCUGAAACUCGUGACCCAACGGAAGCAAGUUAAAGGCGUUUUAAAUUAAGUAUAACUACGACUUGAAUGUCUGCGGAAGCAAGUUCAGGAAAAUGCGAUGAUGUGAGAAAAUAGAAAAAUAAAGUUAUAAUUAAUCUA